AUGGCAACAGAUGGCAACCUAAGCCUUGACUAAGUCCCACGGCGCUAAACUCAUACCAGGCCUACUACUUACAACCAUAAUAAUGCACCCUUUUGGAGGAACUCCAAAAUGCCCUAGAUGCCAGAAAGCCGUAUAUCUUGCAGAGCAAGUUAUUGGGCCAGGCAGAAAGCUAUAUCAUAAGCCUUGUCUGGCAUGUACAACGUGCAACAAGAGGCUCGACUCUCUCUCGUUGUUAGAGCAUAAUGAAGAGCCAUACUGCAAGUCUUGUCAUGUCAAGAAUUUUGGUACGCGGGAUCUCCGCCAGGCUAAUCAUCCCUAUCGUGCGCGCUCUCCGUCACUCUCCCUAGGCAAGACAAGCAAUGGUCAACCUCAAAGAUCAUUCUUUCCUCCGCCUUCCCCAACUCAUCCUCCUCCUUUUGCUACUGGGAACGGAUACUUGCCACAGUCACAGGCCAACAAAUCUAUUUCUCCUGCUACUUCGUCACUCCCACAUAAUGAUGAAACUGUGUUCGUCGGAAUAUCAAAUAACCUAGACGAGGAAUGUGAGGAAGGGCGAGAUUCAGCUGAAAGUCUUACUCGGAAAACCGUCGAAUCCCCAUUCAAAUCAUCUUAUCGCAACCCGACUGGCUUAUCCCAGAUCGUCGGAGAUGAUGAUACAGCUGCUGUUGCUGCAAUAGAUAAAUUCAGAAGCACUGUAGGCAGAAGUGGUGCUAUGCGACCUAUUACACAGACUCCUACCGGAACGAGAUAUGGAGUAGCGCUUGGCGGUCCUGUGGCACAUAUCACUGGAAGCCCCCGCAAAUGGGGCGGUGAAACCCCAAACUGUCCGAAAUGUGGCAAGAGUGUGUAUUUUGCUGAACAGGUGAAAGCUGUUGGUAAAACUUACCACAAGGGGUGUCUGCGAUGCUCUGAGUGCAGUACUUCUUUGGACUCGAAUAAACUCCGAGAUCACGAAGGUGUUCCCCUAUGCUCGCGUUGCUAUAACAAGUUACAUGGCCCUCAAGGGAAUGGUUACGCUUUACUAGGAAAAGCUGGAGGUUAAACUGUCAACUUUUCCCCUCCAUUCCAACUUAUAGUCCCUCAUCUUCGCUCUCGCGACCUUCAGUCUCUGUUGUACU